AUGAAGUCAGCACUGAGACCUUUUAAUCAGAUCACUCGUCGAUACAUUCACCGUACACCUUUUGCAUGUCAAAGUGAAUCAGAGGCUGCUGCACAACGUGCUGAGCGAACACUCAAGCGAUUCUGGAAACGAGCUGGCAUCAAGGAAGAUCAAGUUGUUCUUGAUCAUCGUAAUCUGCGUACACCAGGCAAACACAUUGUUCAAUUCCCUAAACAACAAAGACAGUUGGCAUUAUUGACAGCUGCCGAGUGGGAUACACAAACACAAAAUUUGAAGGCACACUCACUACCACUAACUUCCAUUGUUGCACGCGCAUUCGAUACCUUCGAUCCUACACGUACUCUAGACACAACUGUAAGAACAGGAGUUGUUGACAAAUUGAUGCAGUAUCUCGACACAGACGCUAUUUGUUAUCAUGAAGAGUUUCCCGAAGCAUUGACACAACUUCAAGAUACCUACUGGAAGCCUAUUAUCGAGUGGGUUCAAACAACAUUUGAUGUCAAAAUUGAUACAACCACUACCAUCUUUGCAGUGACUCAGCCAAAGGAGACAAGGGAGAAAUUAAGAAAUAUUGUUGAGCAAAUGGACUCUUUGGAAUUGGCCGCUUUUGAGAAGGCUGUCAUGUCUUCCAAAAGUUUCUUGAUUGGCCUUGCUUUGGUAAAGAAUGGUAUCACAGUCGAAACAGCUGCCAGAGCUGCUCACGUCGAGAUGAAUGCUCAAAUGGAACGAUGGGGCGAAGUAGAAGACAGUCACGAUGUUGAAAGAGAGUACAUUAGACAAACACUUGGUUCAGUUGCUGUGGCCAUUAUGCAUAAACAUCAAUAA